UGACAGUUGGGGAGAGAAAGGACGACGACAACGAGAAAGGGAGAGUUCUGCAUUUUCACCCCACUGAAAUUUGUCUUGUGGACGGAGAGACUUAAAGGACCAAGCUUCAAAUCGGGAUGUUUGUUCUCAUCUGGGCAACUCUGAUGUUCUCUCUGAGAGAAAGAAGUGCUUACAUAGCAGGUGCAUCAGGCAGGGAACAUUGUACUAGUGGAUAUUGUGUCACCCUGAAUGAACAACUAAGAGCUGAGGCUGGACUUUGUGUUGUGAUACCAUGCUCUUUCACAACUUAUUUCACACCCCAGUAUGUGGUUUGGUUCAAAUGUGAGCCAGGACCUAAGAAAUGUGUUGAAUCUGACAUGAUAUUUCACAGCAACAAGGCCAACAAAAAACCAAUUCCUGGAUUUAAAGGAAGAGUGUCGCUUUUGGGCUCUGAGACUGGUGGCAACUGCGGCAUCAUGAUCAAUGACCUGCAGGAGUCUGAUUCUGGAUCAUAUCAGGUCCGAGUUAAUGGUCUCUUGUAUGGUUCAUCAAGUGGAUGGACAUUCACUCCAAAAACAACCAUCUCUAUUAACGGUCUUAAUCAGAAGCCCACGCUGAAGGUUCCUCCUCUGACAGAGGGACAAGAGAGCACGCUGACCUGCACUGCUCCUGGUCUCUGCUCGGGGUCUCGUCCUGAAAUCACCUGGACAUGGGGGCGGGCAGGGGAGAAGGACUCAAACAUCCCAGGAAACAUCACUGGUGUCCAGACUGAUGAAGUGUCAGCUGUCGCACAGAGACACAGCUCAACUCUGAAGUUCAACCUCUCAGCUGAUCACCACGACACCAACAUCACCUGCAAGGUCAGGUUCACAGGUGGUGCAACCACAGAGGACACUGUGACUCUGAAGAUGAACUAUUUUAGGAGACCUCAUGUCACUGGCAUCACAACUGUUAAGGAGGGAGAGGAUCUGAACCUGACCUGCAGCGUUGACAGCUUUCCUCCGUCGGUCAUCAGGUGGUUGAAAUCUGGAGUGGGAACUCUUUUCCAGAACGACACAGACACCUACAUGUCAAACAAGACCGACUCCCGUCUGCUGAACGACUCGGACACCUACCUGCUGGAAGGAGCAAAUGGGACGGGUUCCCUCUUCAUCUCUAAAGUGGGAGCGGAAGAUUCUGGACUCUUCAUCUGCAUAGCAGAAUACCUGAACAACACCACGAGGGAAGAAAUCAACGUUACAGUGAUAUAUAAAAGGAGACCUAGGAUCACUGGGAGCACAACUGUUAAAGAGGAAGAGCAUCUCAAUCUAACCUGCAGCGCUGACAGCUUCCCCCCAUCACUUGUAAUGUGGACCAAACGUGGAUCCAACACGAGCCUGCACUUGGGAGCGAACUCCGACGGUAACUAUGGAUCUGCCCAGCUUCUCAUCCCCAAUGCCACGGCGGAGGAUUCAGGAGAGUACGCCUGCACUGCAAAACAUCGGAACUCCUCGGAGACUGUGUAUGCUGAUGUGACUGUAACUUGGUUUCGAAAAAUCCGACAUGAUUCUGGAUGUGUGCUUCGGUCGGAGGCUCUGAUCUGUGUGUGCAUCAGCGAGGGCUCUCCUGUACCCACCGUUGAAUGGCCGCUGCUGCAGAAACACACUGAGUACUCUGUUUUUACCACAGUGUCACAACACACUGUUAACAGCUCCAUCACCGUCACUGGAAAAGACCAUCGCAACAUCACUGUUGAAUGUCGCAGCAGCAAUGAAAAAGGGGAAGCAACAGAAAAACUCCCAAUCCUGCAAGACACAACAGGAGGACAAAAAAACAUUUGGGGAAGAAUUUUGCGGCUGGAUGUCAUCAUUUCCUUCCUGACUGGAUUACUCCUGUCAGCUGUCAUUUGUUGUUUGGUCAAAACGUGCAGAAGGAAGAAAACGGAAAGCCCCGGAAAUGUAGACGAGACUUGGGAGAUGAUGACAGAUCAGGAUAAUCAAGAGAAUCGUCUGAUCUACAACAACCUACCUGAGAAUCAGAACGGUCUCCAAGAGGGAGCUAUGAAUGCAGCCAUGGUGGUGGAGAAAGCAGUCACCGAAUCCAACUGGGAGUCAAAUGAUGUGGACUAUGCCAACAUUGAUUUCUCUGCGUUGAAAAGAAAGAGUCCCGGGGAGGCGGCGAAGGAGCGAGAGAACACUGAGUAUGCUGAAAUUAAGACAAAAGUAAAGGAGGAAAGGGGAGACGAUGAUGGAGAGGAAGGGGAAAUGUCGGAGGUCAAAGAAGGAGGAGAAGAGCUGAUGGAUGCAGAUGAGGAUACACAAGGCCAAGCGCCGGAAGUGGAGGAAGAGGCGGAUGGGGCAGAAGAGACAGAUGGAGCAGUGUACACCAGUGUGAAGGACUUAAUUGAGGAGGUCAGAUCUGUGAGGCGGACAAGAGAACGGGUUUCAACCAGCGAAGACUUGGUCCUGUGGAGGAAAAUGACUGGCUGUCCAUAUCCAGUCAGGAUGUUUGCUGUCAGACUGCUGAUUCUGGUCUUCGUUGUCAAAGAUGUCUCUACAAUAAGCAUGGCUAGAGGCAAUAAUAACAGUACCUUCAGUUGCAAAGUGACUCAACACAAUGUGGGAGAUCCCUUCUGUUCAUGCACAUUACAGCUUGAAAACGCUACAAAUAUUUAUCUAACAUUUUACUGUCAAAAUGUCUCGGAAAACUGCACAUGUCAGGUUCAGACAAAGAACCUGACCUGUGACGUUGCUGCUACAACUACACCUACAACUUUGGGAAAUGUCAGCAGCACCACCCCAAAUCAAGUCAGCACUGUCGGCGUUGUGACAACUGCAGGAAACUCUUCCAUCGAGCAUAGUCUUUCCACACAACUGUUAAAGACGAUGGAAAAGCUGCCGCCUAUCGCUCUUUUUUCUGCUGGGGUUAUAGUCGGGAUGACAGUCUCAGCCAUCAUCGCUUGUUUGGCAGUGAAGUGUCAGAGUUACAAGAAAAGGUCAAUAAAUUUGUCUGAAGACCUGGAGAUGGUGACAACUCAAACGGCUUCAAAGGUUGAAGAUGAUGAGAUCCAAGAUGAAGAGGCAGCAGCAGAAGGAGGAGUCGAGUCCGACGAGCUGCUGGUACCUUAUGGGGAAGUUGCACCAAAAGAGGCCGAGUACUCCGCCAUCGACUUCUCAGCGAUGAGAAGGAAAACUGAAGAGGAGGAGAAUGAGAAACGGGAAACCACAGAGACUGAGUACGCUGAGAUUAAGAGAGAGGAAUUAGAGCAGAGACGGAACAAUAACGGAGAGGACGGUGAAAUGUUGGUGUACUCUAACGAGAAUGAGGUAACGACGAAGGCCGAUGAGGAGCUGAGCCAGAAUCAGAACCCCAGUCCGCCGGCUGAGGAUGCUUAUUCCAACCUCAAAGAAAUAAUGGCCCAGACUUCAGAUGUGGACGUUGGUGAAGUCACAGAAUGAUUAAGUUUGAUCUUGUUCUCGUACUGUAUUUGAAGCUCAGGUGUCACUUUGAGGCCUUAAAAAUAGAUUUAACCACCAUUUCAUGAGAACCCCAUCAAUCCAUUUGUCGAUAGGCUAGAACUGGCACCAAAAAGAAAAAAGUUUGAAAUUAGGUUGGUGGCUGUAGAUUAUGGUUGAUUGCGGCAGUAUAUCCGCAGCAACACAGUCUUGUGUUACAAGUCCACGAUCAAGGUCUUCUUUUAAUGAUGAACAGAAAAGUGAGCACACAGAGAAGCUAGUAUUAUAAACACUCCGUUGUUGCGUUGUCAUCGACUCCAUUCUGUUAGUUCUUUGAGAGAAAGUCAACAUUAGUUCACAUCUAUUUCAUGUUUCACUCACUUGCACAGAGACUGAAAAUUGUGCUGAAAGUAAAACCAUGGUCUAACCGACCGAGACUUUAUGGAUAAACUCAUUUUCAAAAGAAAACUCCAACUAACAAACAAUAGUUAUUGUAAUGAAUGAAGCAGAAACUCCCUAAUUUGACUUGUCCACACAAAUAAGUUCUAUUGUUCAUACUUUGAUGUUUGCCUCUUGUGUUAAUGCUGAAAAAAGAGAGCCAAACUCCAUCACUGGCUCAUUAUAAUCUAUAGAAAUGAAUAAUACAUUGAACAUUAAUCAGUCCACCUUGCUGACAUCCAGACCCAGACCAGUCAAGGUCAGAAGGAGAGAGACUUCUGCCACUGAGGUGGGUCAGGAUUUGAUCAUUUGUGAUGCAAUCCUAUCAGAAUUUGAUGGAAAUAGAUAGGUAUAGUACAUUGGAACAUAUCAGUCAAAUUGUACAACAUAAGGACUAUAACUUUUAUUUAUGAUGAAAAUGUAAGAUUAGAAGGAGGAAGGAGCUUAGAGAUGUACAUAUGUGGAAACUUUUUUUUUUAACUUAGAAAUGUGGUGCAUAAAAAUGGUUACAGAAAUAACUUGAAACGGAUAGAAUUUAAAGCCAUUUCAUGAACAUUGAAUAAUGAAAAUUGUGUCUUCUCCAGACUGCAUGUUUCAGCUUUUUCCACAGAUGUAGGAUUUAGACCAGGGCUCAUUAGAGGGCUUAUUAUCCUCGGGUGUUUUUAGUUGUGUGCUGUGGGUCCGUAUCCUGUUGGAGGACCCAUGACCUGAGUGUCUUGGCAGUCUUGAGAUUUUAUUCUAACCAUGACACCAAACAGCAGGGUGACAACUUUUUACCUUUGACUAGUCAUACUGAAAGAUUGAAAACACACACAGUGCCUUUUGUGGAACACACUUUAGUUUAACAUGUCACUAUUUUAUAGUAGUACCAAAUAAUUUUUAUAGGCCAGUUUCUUUUCUUUUUU